AUGCGUCUUUGUACACUUCUGCUCUUGUUUUCGCUGCAGAAUGGUCUGCACUCGUUAAUUGCACCGCUCCCAAUCUACGAAAACUAUUUCUCAGACUUGCGGCACAUGCGCAAAUGGUUCGUCGGAUUAUUCUCAUCCUCAAAUACGGACCAAACAAUCCCAUCCAGCUCAAGCCCAUCUCCUUCCGACGAGAAACCGUCAAUCCUCGAGAAGGAGAACACGGUUCAGGAAGAGCAUUCGGAAUUGGAUUUGCAUGCUACGCAUCAAUCAAUCCCAAGCCCCACGUCUGCCAACAUCGAAACUUCGUCUUUGCCUGACCGUCCUCAAGAGACUUCGAAUGGAACCAUGGGAGUAGAAUUGGAAAUAGCUGAAUCAGAUUCCAAUGCUCUUUUGAGCACAACAUCUCCAGAGCACCUCGAACCAGCACAAGUUUCGAUCCUCGAAAAAGAGAAGGAACAAAAAGAACAGGAAGAACUACACGAAGAACAAUCGGAGAUGUUAACCACCCCAAUCCCAACCACACCUUCACCUCCAAGAGUUGAUCCCAUCUAUAAUUCUUCGAAAAUCUGUCAUUCACAAUCGACCUGCUACGUCUACCCGGAAAACUGCUUGCUGAACUGCGAUGUGAUUUUCGCCUGGAAGUCUGGGGAAUCCAAAAUUUAUGUACGGCAAAUGUUCACGUACGGAGUCAUAAGCAUCAAGAGCACUAUAGAAAGCGACAAAUACGACUAUAGACUUUUUUCCUGCUUCGAACAUGCUGGUUUUUGUGCCUACGGAAGUGUAGAUGGAUAUGGUAGACUUAGCUAUCGCAUCCGUGAGCCCAUCACGCCUUCUGGUGGGGAGCCAAUGCCAGAGAAUAGCUAUUUGAUGGCAUUUAACAGUCCACAUCCAGUCGUCCCCUUUGGCAAGGGUAGAAAAAUGGAAUUUAGACUAGAUGCGGAUAGAGACGUUGGUGGGGAAUUCCAAAAAUUGUUUCUCAAAAGCAAGGAAUGA